GCAGAGGAAAAUGGCCUAUAGUCAGGAAUUGUUCGACUGCUCCAUUUGUUUACAGCUACUGGAGGAUCCAGUGACGACGGCCUGUGGACACAGUUACUGUAUGAACUGCAUCUAUGGCUUCUGGGAUGUACAUAAUAACAGAGGAAGGAGUUACAGCUGCCCUCAGUGCAGGCAGACCUUCAAGGCGAGGCCUGUCCUGAAGAGGAACACACUUCUGGCUGAGCUGUUGGAGGCACACAAAGGGACAAAAAAUCAAAAUGCUGCUGCUGCUGCUGCUGCUGAGGAUGACACCUUUGCUGCACCUGGUGAUGUGCAAUGUGAUGCUUGCACAGAAAGAAAAAGAAAAGCUUCCAUGUUCUGUCUCGUGUGUUUGGCUUCGUACUGUGAGAUCCAUCUGAAGCCUCACUUUGAGGUGCCACCGCUAAAAAAACACAGUCUGAUUAAAGCCUCUGCAAGAGUCAAAGAAAGCAUCUGUGUUAGUCAUGACAAACUUCUGGAGAUCUACUGCCGCACGGAUCAACAGUUCAUAUGCCUGCUGUGUGUGAUGGAUGAACACAGAGGCCAUGAUACGGUGGCAGUGGCAGCAGAAAAGUGUGAUAUGCAGAAACAACUGGAGCGGACUAAACAGGAAAUUGCAGACAGAGUGCUGAAUUCAGAGAGGAAAAUGGCACAGCUGAGGGGGGCUGCAAACUUUAUAAGAGAUGCUGCAUGGGAGGCGUGUGAUGAAGCUGAGCGACUGUGUGUGGAACGCAUCCUUCUUUUCGUCCGCUCUGUGGAGAGGAAGUGUUCUGAGAUGAGAGAGAAGGUCGGAGAGGCAGAGAAAGCUGGAGUGGACUGGACCAACAAUCAUCUCAGGCAGCUGGAGCGUGAAGUGUUAGCGCUAAGGAGGAGAGAGGAGACACUCGACCAGCUUGCUCUAACAGAGGACCCCGUUCAGUUUCUGCAGGGUUUCCAGGCCCUGGGUGACCUCCCUGUGUUCACAGACUCACAGGAUGGACUUGACAUGCUGUCAGACUUUGUCACUGCACAGACAGAUAACCUGAAGAAAAUGUGUGACAAAGAAAAGAAAGAAUUGUUCAGUCAUUGUGAAGAUAAUCUGUUGUCAAAAAUGCCACAGUUGCGUGAGGAAAUACCAUCGAGGAGAUACCUUUUGACCAAAUGUAACAACUCCACAGUGGAGGUGGAUCCCAACACAGUAGCUGCAUGUCUCUGCUUGUCUGACAAAAACAGAGAGAUAUCAUGGGGUGAGAGGGACCAGGCUCAUCCUGAUCACCCCGACAGAUUCACCUUCCUUCACCAGGCUCUGUGCAAAAAUAGCCUCAUGGGCAUCCACUACUGGGAGGUGGAGUGGGAUGGUGGCAUUGUGGAUUUGGCCGUGUCGUACAAAGGCAUUAAAAGAAAGGGGUCAGGGAAAGAUUGCUGUUUUGGCCACAAUGAUCUUUCCUGGAAAUUAACCUGCACUUCGUCCGGCUGCACGUUUUGGCACAAUAAUCUCCACAAAGGCCAAAUUCCCCCGGUUCUCUCCCACAGAGUGGGCAUACAUCUGGAUUACGAAGCAGGAACACUGGCCUUCUACAGUGUGUCUGACACAUUGACACAGCUGCACCAGGUCAGGACCACCUUCACUGAACCGCUCUAUCCUGGGUUCUCUGUUGAUUUGGGAGCAACACUGAAAAUAUGCAACGUGUAAACCAGUCGUAAUACAUGUUUGUGCAGGGCCACCUGCACAUUUAUUCAGGGAUAGAAAAAAGCACAAGCGUAGAGAUGAUAUUAACACAUGCAAAACUUUACAUAGUUGUGUGUGUCCGCAUUAGAGUGCUGUUGGCGUUAGCCUCAGGUUACAUAAAGGUACACUACUGUAUACUGGGGUAUUUACAAAUCCCAAAGAUAUAACGAUACUAGUCCAUACCCAUUGAGUGCACAGUUGCCCAUGUACAGUUUCACAUGGUGUGUGUUUGGGAUACAGGUCAUAGGAAAUUGCAGAUUAAAUAGUCAACUGAACCCAUUAAGAAGAAUAAUGUAUUCAGACAGACAGAAUUUUUUUAGAAAAUGAAAGCUGUAUUUUGUCUCCUGUCAGGGUUUGUUAUGUUGCUAUGUUGGGGGACCACGAUGGAAAUAAGUGAUUUAGGGUUGUGUUGUAAUCCUUGAUGAUUGUAACUAGUGCUGUACUCAUUCUGUAUUUUAAGUGAUCAAACAAAGCAGACUGAUCUUGCUUUAGUUUAAUGGUUUUAAAUAAAGGACCAUG